GAAACGUAUCAUGUUAAAGUGUGGAGGAUGACUUUACUGCGCGGGUGCCUCAGUGUCCUUCGCUGGGAUUGGCGCCUAGAGGGUGGUAUGUUUGAGGUGCUGGAUGUGGCUGUGACAUUGGGAUUUGCCCUUCAGGCUGUUGCUUCGAAGCUGUGACAGUGUCUUCCUGAGAAGUUUCAGCUAAAGCGGCGACUUUUGUGGAUGGGAGUGUGCUGAGAACGCGUCGAAGUCAGUGCAAUGGUGUGGUGCAAGGUUUUGCUGAAGACAUGAGGCUGUCAUGUCGGAGGAGUACCUGUCCGUGUUGGAGGUGUCCAGUGUCCAAGCUUAGGCCUCGAGAGCUCUCAACUAUUGCAGCUCUUUCGGGAGGGCCGACCUUUGCGGCGGACAUCUUCCUCCGGUGCAGAAGUCUGUGAGACCACGGCGCCGAGCUGGAGCAGUAUACAGUGGAAGAAGCCCUUGGCGGCAGUACAGGAUCCAAAGCUUUCUGAUCCGAGCUCCACUGCGUUCUACUCUGCUUCGUUUACUGCAAGCCUGCAAGGGCGGGUCGGGCUCUACAUUGAGGAGUCGUCUGCUGGUGACCCCUACAACGCCGAAUGGUUGCAAGCUUACCUCACUGCCUUCCAAAGGAUGGGCCUGCAGCCACAUCUCGUGUCCACGAGUCAGGAGGCCCAAGCUGGUGCCCUCUACUUUUGGCGCAUCAACCAGAUGUUCGGAGGCGGUCGACUGGCUGGUUCACCUGGCGUGGGCCUGGCGGUGGCUCAGCACCUGGCUGCCUUUCAGACCGCCCUGUGGCCGCGACCAGAGACGAUGCAGUUCUAUCAGGACAAGAUUGCCCUGCGGGAUCUCUUCACCAGGACGGGCGUUCCGGCGCCUCCGAGCUGGGUCGUGCAAAGCCUCGAUGAGCUCGAAGACUUGCUGCAGCGUGGGGACUUGAAAGAGGCCGAUUUCCCAUUGGUGCUCAAGCACCCCUACGCGGCCUCCAGCCGGGGUAUGAGGUCCUGCAAGACCUUGCCGGAGGUUCGAAGUGUAGUGGGGCAAUGGCUCCAAGAGCAUCAAGUGCCAUGCCUCUUGCAGCGUCGCCUGGCCAUUGCUCGCGAUAUGCGUGUGACCUAUGUUGGGGGUGACAUCAUCCAAGGCUACUGGCGGGUGAAGGCCUCCUCCGAAGAUCUGAGCUCCGGGUCUGCGGGCGGCUCCAGCCUGGACUUUCAAACACCGCUGGACGAGAUCGCCCCCUUCGUCCGCAGCUUUGCCAUGGCCACCGGUAUUGAUAUCGGCGGCAUGGAUCUUGCCUUUCCAGAAAAUGGCGAAGGACCUGUGGUCUUCGAAGUGUCUCCAAUCUUCGACUUGAAUCCAGAGCCACCUCCUGAGUGGAGACAAAGGCCAUAUCGUGAGUACAAAGAGACUGAGGACUACAAGCAGAGGCGUGCAGAGAACUAUGCUCUAUGUGCCCAGAAGGUCAUUGAGUAUGCACUUCACCGACGAGGUCAUUUGUUUGUUGACAUCGACAACACCAUCAGCGAUGCUUGGAAGCGCAUUCAGCGGGCCACGAUCCCUGCGUGGCCGGGCUCCAGCUUCGGCGCGGAGGCGCAUUCUCCAGAGGAGUUGGCCAAAGAUUCGCCUCUCCCAGGUGCACAAAGUGCUUUGGCUUCCUUGACUCGCGACUGGAAAGUCACCUACCUGUCAGCACGUGGAGCGGCGGGUGCCUUUGAAGCGACAUGCGGAUGGCUGAAGAAGCAUGGUUUUCCCAAUCAUGGGCGACUGGUGCUGGUCUCGACUCCCAUCGAGAAGCUCGCUUACCUGCAGGAUGCGAGAAGCUCUGGUCGACCCGUCCUGCUGGUAGAUGAUCUUACCCGAGGACAUCACCUCGCAAAGCCCCUGCCCGACGAGACCAUGCGUAACGCGCUGCUGUCUCGCGGGAUCCCCUUUGAGGUCUUCGACCCUUUCAGCAGCUCAUGGUCGCUCUUGGCCCAGCGCUUGCUCGAACAGGCCUUGCCCUUACACCAUUGCAACAAGUGAGCAUGGAUUGAUUCGGAC